ACGCUCACCCUCGAGCAUUAUGCCGUAGAAACAGAGGGGUUUCCGGUCUUCCUCCUCUCGGUUGAAGGAAAAUCAAAUUCCUCCUGUUGUAUAAUCGUGUGUGGAUUGCUGUAAUCCGCUGAGUGAACCCGGCACCGAGGAGCAAGCUUGAAUUUCCUUUGAAGAAGUUAUGAUUCGACACAGGAUAAGACUGCCUCUUACCCAAGUGGCAAUGGCCGUUCUAAUUGGAAUUGCUGGAGGCGUUUAUAUUUACAAACCAUGCUUUGAACCAGUACGAACACGGACUGCAACAUCUACAACAAACCAGAUGAACCCAGAAGAGCAAAAGAAAGAGAAUCAAACAAACUGACACUAUGUUAUGUUCCAAGAGAGAAAGUAUAUAUAUACAUAUAUAUACAUAUAUAUUUUUUUUUUCUUUAAUUACUGAUGUACACACAUUUUGUUUGGAGUGCAUGCAUGUUUUGUCAUUAGUACAUGUUUUAAAGGUGCAUUAUGGAACUUUUGGGAUAAGAAUCUGUCACCUGCUUGUCUCCACGGAGAUGUUAUUACGUUGUCUAUAACGUUUCAUAGCAGUUACACUCAACAAUCUCUUGGCCAUGGUAGCAAGCAGGCGACAACCAGGCCAAGUUUCAGGCCUGUGUGGAAAGUUGACCCCCAAAGAGUAAAAUUUGUGUUAUUUCAUAAAUGCAAGACAUACAGGCAAAUCAGUAACAUCAAGCAGAUGGCAGACCCUCUGCCGGAAAAGUUACAUAGAGCAUCUUUAGGAUCACUUUAGGAUCCAUGCCAAAUUAUACUGUGCAGCUGGUGUGACCGUUAUACUAUUUUAGGGCUCAGUGGGUUUUGUCCAUUUGGCUCUAUGAUGGCAGCCGUCCCAUGCUUCCCACAGGGAUUAAAAUUUAUGGACGAAAACAGCACUGAGUCAAGUCUCUGAGAAAUCUACACAUUCAUAGAGCUGUGGCCUGGAGAGACAGCAAACUUAUAUAGAUGGCUAUAACUAUAUUUUAAUAUGUUAUUGAUCGAUAUAGGCAAAAAGUGACAUACCCAAAAAAUGUAUAAAUAAAAUAAUUCAAACGUA